AUGUUCAUGUUGAUUCCAAGUGAAGAAGAAGGGGAGGUGUUUGUGGAGGCUAGGGUUUGGAGUUCAAGCUUGGAUCUGAGUUCUUCAGAGGAAGGAGCUUCACUUAGAGGCGGAGGCUAUACCAGAUUUUUACCGAGUUCGAGAUUUACCGAGUUACCCGAGGUUUUCUCGGGAAUACGGGACGGCACCGGCUUGAUUGUACACACCAGAGAAAGAGUUAUAUUUUGAGGAUCCUGGAUUAUUAAUGGAGUUGUGCUUUGUAAUUUGAAUAAACGAGAUUUCUAUACAAUAUGUUAUGAAAAGUAUGCG